GUUGAAUCGAUUCAACCAAAUCAGUCGCCACGGACCCUUUCCUUUGUCUGUCAACAAUGGAGAGCCGUUGCCAUUCACGAUGCAGAGUUGUGGUCUCUCAUUGAGCUCAAUCUAGAUAAAAGACCUCCAGGCAAAGAGCGGGUCAAGAAUCGCGUAUUCAGACUUGGUUUAUCAUUGUUCCGAUCCAAUGGUCAUGACCUCUCCAUUCGCCUCAAUGGCGAGAAUAUCGUUCCGGACGUCUCUCCGAUCCUUCAAAUUCUGCUCCCCACUGCUCCGUAUUGGAAGCGACUAUCCGUGUUCCUUCCCCUCACCUCAUUCCGACACUUUUCUGUGUGCGAGGGCUAUCUCAAUCGCCUAGACACCCUUUACGUAGGCAUUGGAAGGUGUGACGGGGCCGACCACCUCCAUAUCGACGCCUUCCGGCUCGCUCCGAGCUUAAAGGUCGUUGGAACGUUACUUGAGCACGGGCCCGUAGCAUUCACACACAUUUCCAUUCCUUUUUCAAGAAUCACAACCUUUUUAUCUGGAGGUGGCAAUCUGUAUACAUAUGAGUCCCUCAAAAAACUUCCGCAUCUACGGAUGCUCACCGUCGUAUGCUGGCAUAACUUCGUUGAGCUCGAAGUGGAGCCUGCGGAGCCAAUCACUUUACCCAACGUGACUUUCCUUCAUCUGUUGGCAUCACACCUACCCAAUUCUUCAUCCUGUGUCGAACAUAUGUAUUCUCUCCUCAUCCUCCCGUCUCUUCAAUUCCUGAAGAUAUCCUUCUUCGGAUCAGACCAGAUCUUCUUUGUCUACCCAGAUUCAUGCCCUAUCAAAACACUUAUUAUUGAGGUUCACAAUCAAUCACAGGAGGCAUGCACUGGGCUGCGUGACGACCUUCCUUAUUUCUUACGUCGAACUCCCCAAUUGGAGGAGUUGCACAUCUUGACGAGGGCCACGAAUUUACCAGAUCAAUGGGUCAAUGGUCUGGUAUACACUUCGGAGCGUGAUGCAGUAGCUCCGUGUCUCCGUGUUUUAAGUAUGCCAAGCGGUCUCUCAGCGGGGGAUUUGGGCUGCCUUGUCAGUGUCAUCGAGUCCCGGAGGAGAAAGGAUGGCUGUUCGUCGGACGGUGGACAAUGCACGUUGUUAGAGAAAGUAGAGCUCGGGACCGAACUUUUAGAGUUUGAUGACGAGGAGCUCUUAGAGAGAUGGUUGGCAUUGCAUGCUGGGGGACUGAUUGUCAC